GACUUUAAAUACGUUUAAGAAAGAACUUUCAAAGUCUUUAUAAUCAAAGAGCAUUGAAUGAUACUAAAACUAAUGAAAAUGUCAAUUUAAGAUGAUUGAAAAAAUAUUGUGUUUGAAGAAAUCGAAAUCUCGAUUUGCUAAAGAUACUUCAGGCUUUGGCUGUUAAGAUAACGCCUGUUUCAUAAGUUAAGAGGAAAUAAAUUUUUCUGACGUCUUGACCGCAUUUUAUGUUGAAAAGCAUUCAAAAAUAAACCUUUUCCUGUUAAAUAUUACUUUCUUUAAAUUUCAUGAAUUUUGUUAUUCAUUAAAUUCCAUUUUCUUAUUAUACAUAUUAUCCUCAAUUUUAUUUAUUACGUCUGAACGCAUUUUUUAAGUAAAACGUACAGUUGCAAAGGGGCUGUGCAACUGUACGUUUUAUUGCAUAUAAGAUUUACAUUUUCGAUCUAAAGAUUAAGGCUGUUAAUACAAUACGAUCUAGACAAUAAGAAUUGUUAUGUUUAAAUGAGUUUAAAUUGUUCAGUUCAUGAAUGAUUGAUUAAUAAAUAUUUUAUGAAGUUAAUUCUACAAUACUGGUUAUACUUUAAAUGUGAAACAUAAAAUCUGAUUGGUUUGAAAGUGAAUGUUACAUCGCCUCUGAUUGGUUCAAGAGUGAGCAACACCAUAACUGAUUGGUUGAAGAUAUUUUAUCAUCGGACAUCACGAAACUCUUCUUUAAUAUUGGACUGUCGCGGAGGACAACCACAAGGACCUAUACCAGUAUACCAGGAUCUCUUCACCAAAAACCUAAUCCUGCAUUUGGAAAACUUCUAUCACCGUGUGAUCUUCUUUGUCCUCUCCAUCCUAUUGUUAUAAGUAAUGCUUGCUUUAAUUAUCUUUUCACUUUUCAGUGCCUACCUAAUAUAUAAUACCUAACACCUUUGACUUAAAUUAUAAGCCUUCUUUUCCAGGAUUUUCACCAAUAUCACACCGAUCACAUAUUCAUUUGAAAUUUAUCCUAACACCAUGUAUAUCACCAUGUAUAACGGCAUUUUUCUUUCCUUCAUACCCAUUUAUUAUCAAUUCACUUUGAUCCACACUGCACCUAACCUCCGGAACAAAUGCCAUCUGAGGCAUCGUCAGGAGCAAACAAAAUGGGAAAUUGGUAUUCAACUUUUAUCAUACUGCCUUAUAACGGAGAUGGAGACUGAAAAGAAACCAAAGAGAAAAUUCUCGAGGAAACAGCUGAGGGCAAGUCAGGGAAUGUUGACAAUGCAGGCCAAGACAAACAUUUACUCCAGCCAGACCGGCAUGACGUGUUUCGGAGCAGUCCGACAUGGUUCAGAUAUUCGUGCAGACAACGCUUGUCCAGAAGGUCAGGGCGAAUUAACCCAAACCGCUAAGACGAAUGUGUUUGCAAGCCAAAAGGGCAUGACCUGCUUUGGAUCCGUUCGUCAUGGUCCCGACAUCCGAUCAGAUGAUGCAAGCUCCGAGGGGCUUUCAACACUAACUUUACAAACGGGCACCAAUCAGUUUGCCUCGCAGUCGGGCAUGACAUGCUUUGGCUCUGUCCGUCAUGGCCCUGAUAUACCCGUUACUGAACUAUAUGAUGAAGGCAACGAUGAUGAAUAUCCGACGGAUGAAGACGAACCUGUAACAAUCAAACCUGCUAGAAAACUACGAGAAGAAAUCCAUGAGGUGAAUGAACCACAACAACGAAAUGGUGAAAUUGAACGAUCGCCCGAACCGGAAGUAAAACGCGAGAAAACACCAGAAGUUGUUGCAGAAGAUGUGAUAUCUGAUGAGACAGAAGAACCAAAAGAAACUACAGAAGAGACGAAAGAAGAAGAAGAAACCGAACAACAAGACGAUAUGGAAGCUGACGAACCAAUACCUGAUAAAGAAUAACAUUUAUAUAAUUUAUUAGGAACUAGAAGAUAUAUAUUAGUAUAUUAAGUGUUUAUAAAACUUAUUUAACUAAAGUGCAUAGACAUAAUGAUGACAUUGAUAUAGAAAGUAAUGCAGCGGAAAUAUUUGUUUGACAUUUUAAAAUUUACGGUUUAAACGGAAACACAUACUUGACUGGACAUUAUUUCGCAAUUACUGGAUCAUUAAACUAAGAAAGUAUAUGCAAAUGACAAAUUUUAACACUUAAUUUUACAGUUUUGCAUUUAAUUUUUUCGGAAGUAAAAUUGUUUUAAAGCUAAACAA